AAAGACAGGUGUCAUAGAGUGUUGCAUUGCAUAUAUGGCAAGAGUGAAAUAAAAGGAAGAAAAAAAAAAAAGCAUUUUUGAUUGAAGAUAGUAUAGUAGUAUUUUGUUGCGUUCCCAUUCGGCCAUUCCCUUGUCCUUCGCGGCUCCUUUUUCUCUCAACCCCAUUUCUCACUUUCCUACAAACAAACACACACUUCUUUCUCUCGUUCCUUUCUUCCGCAAAAAUGAAUACUUUUUUCAAUCUGAACCCAUAAGUGUGUUCUUCUUCCAACUGUUUGAUCAUUUUCCUCAACCAAAGUUCAUCAUCAACAUGUCUAGUUUUGUGGGUGUCCUUGUUUCUGAUCAAUGGCUUCAGAGCCAGUUCACCCAAGUCGAACUUCGAACCCUCAAAUCAAAAUAUGUAUCUCAAAGAACUCUAUCGGGACGUGUUACCGUGGGAGAUGUGCCAUCCGUUUUCAAGAAAUUAAAGGCUUUCUCUGAGCUUUUUACCGAGGAUGAAAUUAAGGAUGUAUUGGCAGAGUCAUAUCAGAAUAUGGAUGAUGAAAUUGACUUUGAGUCCUUCCUUAGGGCACAUUUAAAUUUGCAAACUCGAGCUAUAGCAAAAGGUGGUGGUUCAAAAAGUUCUUCUUCAUUUUUGAAGACAGCCACAACGACUGUUCAUCAUGCAAUUAAUGAAUCUGAGAAGGCUUCUUAUGUUGCACAUAUUAACAGUUACCUGGCUGAAGAUAAAUUCAUGAAGCAGUUUCUUCCAAUUGAUCCAUCUGCAAAUGGAUUGUUUGAUCUUGCUAAAGAUGGAGUUCUGCUCUGCAAGCUUAUUAAUAUUGCUGUUCCUGGGACCAUAGAUGAACGAGCUAUUAAUACAAAACGGGAUCUUAAUCCUUGGGAGAGAAAUGAAAAUCACACCCUUGGCCUCAAUUCAGCCAAGGCUAUUGGGUGCACAGUGGUUAAUAUUGGUACUCAGGAUAUGGUUGAAGGAAGACCUUAUUUGAUACUUGGUCUGAUUUCACAAAUAAUCAAGAUUCAACUAUUAGCUGAUCUCAAUCUGAAGAAAACUCCUCAACUUUUGGAAUUAGUGGAAGAUGAUAAGGAUGUGGAGGAGCUUAUCAGCUUACCACCCGACAAGGUUUUAUUGAAAUGGAUGAAUUUCCACUUGAAGAAAGCCGGAUAUGAGAAACAAGUUACAAAUUUCUCUUCUGAUGUAAAGGAUGGAGAGGCUUAUGCUUACUUGCUUAAUGCUCUUGCUCCGGAAGUUGCAGGCCCAGGUGCCUUGGCCACAAAGGAUCCUACAGAAAGAGCAAAUAUGGUUCUUGAGCAGGCAGAGAGGCUAGAUUGCAAGAGAUACCUCACUCCAAAGGACAUAGUGGAGGGGUCGCCUAACCUUAAUCUUGCAUUUGUUGCUCAAAUAUUCCAGCAUAGGAAUGGCCUUACAGUUGACACAUCGAAAAUGUCCUUUGCUGAGAUGAUGACUGAUGAUGCACAGACAUCUCGGGAAGAAAGAUGCUUCAGACUCUGGAUUAACAGUCUUGGAAUUGUUACUUACGUCAAUAAUGUUUUCGAGGAUGUCAGAAAUGGAUGGGUUCUAUUAGAAGUUCUUGAUAAGGUUUCACCUGGAUCUGUCAAUUGGAAGCAGGCAACAAAGCCUCCUAUAAAGAUGCCAUUUCGAAAAGUGGAGAAUUGCAACCAAGUUAUAAAAAUUGGGAAGGAUCUUAACUUUUCCUUAGUAAAUAUUGCUGGUAACGAUAUUGUACAAGGGAAUAAGAAGCUUUUAUUAGCAUUUAUGUGGCAGCUUAUGAGAUUUACCAUGCUUCAACUUCUAAGAAACUUGAGAUCACACUCGCAAGGUAAAGAGAUUACUGAUGCUGAUAUAUUGAACUGGGCAAACAACAAAGUGAAGAGAGCCGGAAGAACGUCUCAAAUGGAGAGUUUCAAGGAUAAAAAUCUUUCCAACGGUAUUUUCUUCCUUGAGCUUUUGAGCGCUGUAGAGCCAAGAGUGGUCAAUUGGAGUCUAGUUACUAAAGGAGAAACUGAUGAUGACAAGAAGUUGAAUUCAACAUAUAUCAUCAGUGUCGCCCGAAAACUUGGAUGCUCCAUUUUCCUGUUACCUGAGGACAUUAUAGAGGUAAACCAGAAGAUGAUACUUACUUUAUCUGCUAGCAUCAUGUACUGGAGUCUGCAGCAUUCUGAAGAAAACAUCACUCCAGAGGCGGCAUCGCCCGUAGCUUCAGUAGACGGCGACCAUGAAACAGAUUUAGUCAAUGAGGUAUCUGAUUUAGCCAUUCAUGAUAGUGCUUCAGAGAAAGCCAGCUCUCCUUAAGUUGGCAAUAUGGAAUCUUUGCCGACAUUAAAAAAGGAAGCCUGUUAAAAAAUUGAAAUAAACCAUUCAUUUUUGUUUAUAGAAUAGAAGGUUGAAGCCAGCCUCUUGGUGCUCGGCGCAAAAGAAAGGGCUUAUAUUUUUUCAUGAAAAACCACAGAUUAUAGAAGGGUCUUGUAAAAUUUGUUUUAGUGCUUUUUUUGUAUAUUCUUUGACGAAAA